CUCUAUGCAAACAUCUGCCCUCUCUGCGAUCAAUAGGAGACUGUGUUGCUUUCCAGCGCUCACUCUCCUCACAUCAUACGGCAGCUCCGAGCGCAGGGAGACAUGGCCCUCCGACAUAUCGCUCUGCUGAUCGCAGGACUUCACGUCCUCAUCUGCAAAACAUGGGCCAAGGUGGAGGUGAGCGUGGAAGACAGGGUGGAGGUAUCCUUAAAUAGCCAUGCCGAGAUCCCUUGUAUGUACAUAUCAAGAGAGCCGGCCAUGAUGAUCGUGUGGUCCACGAAAUUGCCCGGCAGGGACCAGACCAGGAGAAGAAUCUACUACUUUGAUGAUCAGAAUGAGAUUAUCGAUGAGGGCAGUGAUUACACUGGACGGAUCAGUGUCAAACACUCUCAUAACAAGAGCACUGAGCAGGGAAACAUCAUUCUGACCAUUGACAAGGUGCGACUGAGUGAUGAGAGGGAAUUUAUCUGCACGGUACACAAUGUGUCCAAAGAGCACGGUGAAGGACGCACUCGACUCCAAGUCUUCAAUUCGCCAUCUUUUCCUGAGAUUGAAGGUACAUACUCUGGAAUUUCUGUUGAUGCCGAGGGGCCGUCAAAGAUUGCAGACUGUAAAGUGGAGAAUGGGUACCCUAGACCCAACAUCACAUGGUACAAGGACAGGUUCCCUCUUCAGAACUCAGAUGGUGUGGUAAAGAUCAUGGAUUCAGUGACAAAAAAUCCCAGUGGUUUGUUCACAGUAGAGAGUGAACUGUCCAUUAAGGUUGUGAGGGAGGAUGAGGAUGCACAGUUCUACUGUGAGGUCAAUUUCUUCUUCCCUGAAGGAGUGAAAAUGACUGAGUCCAAUCGUGUCAACAUCACAGUUCACUACCCCACGACAGAAGUAACACUUUCUAUAAAUCCAGAUAAUCCGUUCUUAAAAGAAGGUGACACUGUGGAAAUCAGAUGUAAGGGAAAUGGAAACCCUCAUCCCCUUUUUAGUUUCAGACAUAAGGAGGAGUUGUUGGAAUCAGAGAAUGACGUACUGAUUCUGGAAAAUCUCAAGCGAUCGGACAGUGGUACAUAUGAGUGCCUGUCAUAUGACGUAAACACAUUUAUUGAGGUCAAUGGCUCCAUCAGUAUUCAAGUACACUAUCUGGAUCCUAUUGUGGUGACACCAGAGGAGAUGGUAGUGGACCAAGGGGGAGAUAUCACCUUAACCUGCAAUGCCUUGUCUUCUUUAUCCGUAUUAGCAGCAUGGUAUAAGGAUGGUAUGCAGGUUGGGGACAGGCAUGUUUUACACUUACACAAUGCCUCCUAUGACACAGCUGGGAUCUAUAUGUGUGAACUGACCGUCAUUUCCAUACCUGAGCUACAAAAACAGAAGUCUGUACAAAUCCAUGUGCGAGGAAAGCCUGAUAUCACAGAGGGGAUUGCAGUGGGCCCAGUGAAUAAGGUUGACCGCACUGUUAACUUGACAUGCUAUGCACAAGGAUAUCCCACCCCCAACAUAAGUUGGGACCUCUCUGACCAACGUACUGGCCAGUCUGUCCCUAUACCUGUUGCGGAGGACCAUGAGACAACCACUGGUGUCCUCAGUAUGAUCUCUGUCAAGGCCACUUCAGAACUCAUAGCCAACUGCAGCGCCUCAAAUGAGUUUGGGACAAUCUCUGUUUCUCGCAACAUUGAAGCCUUUGCACGAGGAACAACAACUACAACCAAAGCGCCCAGCACAAAAGGAAUUACCGUUCCACCAAAAAAACAACAGAAAGGUGGUAGUGGAGUCGCCAUAGCCAUCAUCAUCAUCUGUCUUCUCCUGCUAGCUAUUCUCUGCAGUGUGCUCUACUUCCUCUACAAGAAAGGACGGCUUCCGUGUGGGCGCUCGGGAAAGCAGGAUUUCAUGAAGGAAACGGCCAGUAAGGAUGACAUUGUGAUGGAAAUGAAGAGUGGCAAAUCUGAAGAGGCAGUGCUUUUACAGGGAGUCAAUGGGGACAAAAAAACACCCACUGAAUAGUGAGAUGAAGACUGAAAACUACAUGGGCAUGUGGAUAGGACAGAGGCCUGUGUCCUAUAGCACUCAGUCUUGGGGUGAAAUCCCCCAUACCAGAGUGUUUAAAGACUUCACCUUACAAGAUGUCACCUGAAUUCUGCCUAUGUUUUGUAUUUGACUUGCUAUAAUGUGAUUCCAUAAAACACCAAGCUCAUUAGACAACCUCUCUCCAGUAUUUACAACAUGUAUAUAUGAAAUACUGUAUAUACAGUAUUUAGCUAUUUAAAAUGUCUGAGACAACAUUUGAAAGGUUGUGCUUGAAUAUCAUUUUUAUUUUAUUUUUUAGAACUUUGUUGAGGGGCAUAUGACAAGUGCCUAAAUCAUUAUGUGCUAUUUGCUGUCACAUGUCUGUUCAGAACCUGCUCUCACCUCUUCCAUAUAGUCCAUGCACUGAACCACUAAGAACUGUCUUUACCACUGCAGCACCACUGUAAACAUUUCCACUGUCCUCUAUGCCCAAUGAUAGUCAUCUUGAGGGCAUUUUACUGUACAAAUAAGUCAGGGAAAAUCUCUGGCAUGGAUGACCUUUUUUCCAAAUAUGUAAUCAAAAUGUUGGCCUCUUUAUUUUUUAUAUUUUUAUUAGCUAUAUCAAAUGAAGUUCUAUCUGAAAGUCACUGAAUGUCCGCUGUGAGAGUUCAGUCAGUUCUGUUCAUGCUAAAGUUUAAACUAAAUGUCCCAAUUGCCUGAGAGAAAAUGAAGCAUCCUGUAGAGAAGGGACUAAAACUCAGCUGAUUUCAGUGCUGACAUCUAUUGCCUUUAUUUUUUAUUGCCAUAACCUGCUGUCCUCAUCUUGCACUGAAUGUAAAUAAUGAACAAUUGUAUGACAAUCCUCUCCAUUUUUAAGCUUUUAAGAGUCCAAUUUGAAUUGCAGGUACAUGGGUUUGUUCAUGUUUUCUAAAUACAUAAUAUUACAUACAGGUUUUUCUCACUUUUUUGCAUUUUUGUCUGGCUUAUAGGAGGGAAAGCAGAACAGCAAAAAUGUCAUGGUUACUGUUCAUACACCAUUUAGUUUUCUCCAGAAAGAGUAUAGCAACUGCUUUGAUUUCGAUUUCCCCCCCUCAGAAUCUAUCCCUUACCAAAGCAGACCCACAGGCUCUUUACAGCAAACUCUGUCCUGUCCAUGGUUGGACUUUUUUAUUAUUUCUUUUAUUUCCACGAGCAUGUUAUACUCUUUUGUGUUAGUGGCAUUUUUGUAAAUGCUUGUUUUUGAAUUGUCCUGUAUUUCUAUUAAAAAGGUCUGGUUUACUCAA